CUGCUUUCGCUGUCAAAACAAACCCAAAUUCACGUGUGGCACAAUUUGUAGCAGUGCACGCCGAUUUAAAUAAUUUAGUUUUAUUCAAUUAAAUUGUAUAAUAUAUAAAGAUAUACAUAUUGUAAAAUAACAACAAUAUGUCCUCAUCAUUCUUCUUGAAAAAAGAGCCAAAGGCAAAUAAAAAACGAAAGUUUACGAAGGAACCACUCGCAACAGGUAGCAAAAAAGGAGCUAAUAAGAAGUUCGCAGCAAACACCGCUAAGCCUGCGCGUAAGCGGCCACAGAAAGAAGAUGAAGAAAUUGCUAGUGAUGAAGAAUUCGAGAGUGGUCUAGACGGUGAGGGCGACGCAACAAAUCUGGUUUUCUCGUCGGAUGAAGUUGAGGAGGAGACGCCACAAGACAAACGCUUACGUUUAGCAAAACAAUAUUUAGAGGAGAUAGAAAAACAGGAAGCGGAACGCGCCGAAGAACGCGAAAUACAUGACCACGUAUCGCAGCGAUUGCAGUCAGAAUAUCUUGAUAGUGUGGGGAAGUUGCGGCGUAAUAUAGCCGCAUCGAUUGUAGACUACGAUGCAGAGAAUAUAGUUGUGCUUAAGCAUAAGAAGCAACAUCUGCCAAUAUGUGCGUUAGUUGUCUCGCCGGAUGGUAAAUAUGUGUUUACCGGCGCCAAAACACAAUUCGUGCUGAAAUGGAACGUACAAGGGCAAGUGAAAUUGGAGGGUGUUUUCAAUGUGCAACCGCAUACAGAGGACGGGGAAAGCGAAAAUCGACGACGCUCACAUGUAACUGCUAUUUGUUUAUCCAGUGACAUGAAAUAUUUAGCGUUAGCAGAAGGUGGCCGAAAUAUACAAAUUUGGUGUCCCAAAGAACUGAAACACUUGAAGACUUUUAAGGGGCAUAGAGAUGUUGUUACGUCGUUAGUUUUUCGAAAGGAUACACAUGAUCUGUACUCCGGUUCAAAGGAUAGAUCGGUGAAAAUAUGGUCGCUCGACGAAAUGGCUUACGUGGAGAGCUUAUUUGGACACCAGGCACCUAUAACAAGCAUCGACGCGCUUAGUCGGGAACGUGCCAUCACAUCGGGUGGUAUUGAUUGUACAUUGCGUAUAUGGAAAAUCACCGAAGAGUCACAACUGAUUUACAAUGGUCACCAAAAUGGCAUUGAAUGCGUCAAAUACAUAAACGAUGAAAAUUUCGUAUCUGGUGGCGAAGAUGGUGCAAUAUGCAUGUGGAGUGCCUUGAAGAAGAAGUCAUUAUGCACCCAAGCGCUAGCACACGGUAGCCAAAGCAAUGGUGUGGCCAAUUGGAUAACGGCGAUCGCAUGUGUGGUGAACACAGAUUUAUUAGCAUCAGGUUCCUGCGACGGUUUCAUACGCCUGUGGCAGUCAUUGGACAAUUCGCGUAAACUAAAAGAGGUUUUAAAAAUUCCAAUGCCGGGCUUUAUUAAUGCCUUGGCGUUCAAUAGUAAUGGCACAAAACUCUUUGCUGCUGUGGGGCAGGAGCACCGACUGGGCCGUUGGUGGCGCAUCAAAGACGCGAAAAAUAAAAUAGUCAUAAUUGAUUUAGUAACAAAUACGUCAAAGACCAGUUGA